CCAAGUGUGAAGUCGACUUUUUGUGAAACCUGAACGACAAAAAUAUUUUGUGAAAAAUGCCUUGCGUUGGUUGUGAGAAGGAAUGCAAAUGCACCGCAGAAAAGUGUGCCGACAGCUGCAAGUGCAAAUCGGCUGGAAAGUGUGGCUGCAACCCAAAUAAUGGAGCUCAAAACUCGAGCGGUGGCUGCUGCAAAAAAAAUGAGGCUGCUAACGAUGGCAAGGGAGAGAAGAGCUGCUGCAAGAACACUAAGAACUAAGACAAGAAUGAUGAAUAUUUAAAAUCCAUGUAUUUUGCGUUUACUCGAUAAAAAUAUAACUGCUAGUGAGCUAUU